UGCUAGAACAAGUUGCAGUAUAAAAUUAUUGUGUGUUUACGGCCAUUCGUGUGGAAUAAGUCGCCGACGUUGUGUGCUUGUCGUUUCUUUAGUUUGUAAUGAAUUCUCUAUGGUUAAGAGAUUAUUAAUAUAUGUGAUUUUGUGCUGGAAUUGCUAGUGUUCUAAAUAAGAAUGUUCUCUAAAUUUAUUCUUGCAGUAUGUGGUCUAAUGUUGACGGUGAAAUCUCAGAACAUAUUAUAUACAACUCCACAAGAAUAUGGGAAAGUUCACUUAACAGACCAAGAUAAAAUAUAUUUCCUAGAAGAUCCAUUGAGUGUUCAACCUGCAGCGGAUAAUCGUAAUGUUAAUCAAGGAAACGGAGAUAGUUAUUACACAAAUACUGGCUCAGUGCAGUCAGGGUUCGUUCAAAAUGCGAAUACUUCACCACUUCAAGAAUACUCCCCAAAUAUAAACGGUGGACAAGCAUUACCUAUUUCGAAUAGGGUUCCCGAAGAAGCAAAUAGAGGACAACUUAAUCAGAAUACUUAUUAUCCCGGUGAUAGAAAUGGUGAUGGUAAUUUUGGAAAUCAACAUAACGUACCGUCAUAUGUCAAUCUACCAAAACCGGUACUGCCUGGACCCAUUUCACAUUCAGUGACAAACUUUGGCUUGAAUCUAUUGAAGAACAUUCAACAAAAUGGAAAAAACCUGGUAAUGUCACCGUUUUCUAUCACCACACUGCUGGCUCUGUUACAACAGGGGGCGACUGGGGUUACGGGAAUACAGAUCAUGUCAGCAUUACAGAUGACGUCAGUCGCUUCUGCGGCUGCAUACAAGAAUAUUACUGAAGAUAUACAGAAACGCAACUCGAAUAAUGUUCUCAACGUAGCAAACAAUAUAUAUGUAGCCGACGACUUCAUUAUCAAUCCUGAAUUCAAAAAGAUGGCUGUUAAAAACUUCGCCAGUGAAGUCACGCCAAUUAAGUUCAACAAUCCUGGUAGAGCAGCGCAGAUUAUUAACAAUUGGGUAGCGUCUAAAACACACAACAAGAUCACAAAUUUGGUUCCUCCUGACGCUAUAGAUGAAAAUGCUCAACUUAUAUUGGUGAAUGCGGUGUAUUUUAAGGGGGUAUGGCAAAUCAGAUUCAACCCAGAUUCCACGCAUCAGAAUGUCUUUAAUCUCAGCAAUGGUAGCAGCAAAACGACAUCAUUUAUGCGCAUGCGCCGAUAUUUUAGGAGCGGCAUCGACAAAACCAAUGAUGCAAUGGUACUCAUACUGCCAUUUGAGCAAGAACAAUACUCUUUGAUGCUAAUAUUGCCAUCGUUAAAAUCAAAUGUCCCUGAAGUGCUGGCCACAUUGACUGACUCCAAGUUACUGGACUACCAUCAAUUUACGCACAAAGAAAUAGAAGUUCAACUGCCCAAAUUUACAAUUAGGGCUGACACUGAUCUAAAUUUGGCAUUGAGAAAGAUGGGCGUAGUAGAUGUGUUUGGAGCGCAGUCGGAGCUUUCUGGCUUGGGGAAGUAUGGGACACAAUCACCUCACAUAUCGUCUGCGAUACAUUCCGCCAUGCUCUCUAUAGAUGAAAAGGGGGGUUCCGCGGCUGCUGCAACAGCGUUUGCUGUUGUCGCGUUAUCUUAUGAUGAUCCUUCAUUAACCUUUGUAUUCAAUCGACCAUUUUUAGCUGUACUGUGGGACAACAAAGCAGCUGUACCAUUAUUUAUGGCGGAUAUCGAAAACCCAGUGUUAUAGUUUAAUUCUGCCAUUUGUAAUACACUGUACAAUAAAGACUUAUACUUUAAUAAUUUAACUCUAAGAUGUGUAUUUGAGUUGCUCAAAUUCAAUUAAUUAAUACAAUAUAAUAAAUAUUUAAUUUUUUUUGUUAUUAAAA